UCGGAGAGGGAAGGCAGCCGCUGCCGCCGCCCGGAGAGGCCGAGGACUCGGGCGGAGCGGAGCCGAGCGGAGCAGCCGUGACAUGCCUGUCCCUCUGCCGCCUCUCCAGCGGCCAUGUUAGCCAGGAAAGCCUCGGCGAGCGCGGCCGCGGGAGCUGCCUACCCGGCGGGCAGGGGAGGGGAGAGUGGCCGCCAGCUGCAGUCUUCCCCGGGCAUCGGAGCCGGGGGAUCCCGGACGGGAGCUGGGACCGGCCCAGCAUCACCGAUCGCCUUGCCGCCGCUUAGGUCCAGCAACACCGCCCACACGGUUGGAGGCAAUAAGCACACAAUGAAUGAGCACCUGCACGUUGGUAGCCACGGACAGAUUCAGGUUCAACAGCUAUUUGAAGAUAAUAGCAACAAGAGGACAGUUCUAACAACACAACCAAAUGGACUUGCAGCAGUAAGCAAAUCUGGAUUGUCAGUGGUGCCAGACAGACAGAUAGACAGUGCUCAUAGACGACAGGGGAGCUCCAGUUCUUUAAAAUCGACAGAGGGAACAGGGAAGGUGAAAGCCUCCUUUAUGACACCAGAACAAGCUAUGAAGCAAUACAUGCAAAAACUAACAACCUUUGAGCAUCAUGAAAUUUUCAGUUACCCUGAAAUAUACUUUUUGGGUCCAAAUGCAAAGAAGCGGCCAGGUGUGAUUGGAGGUCCAAACAAUUCUGGUUAUGAUGAUGACCAGGGGUCUUACGUGCAAGUACCUCAUGAUCAUAUUGCAUACAGGUAUGAAGUCCUGAAAGUAAUAGGGAAAGGAAGUUUUGGGCAAGUUGUGAAGGCUUAUGAUCACAAGACCCAUCAAAAUGUGGCGUUAAAAAUGGUGAGAAAUGAAAAACGUUUCCACCGCCAAGCUGCAGAAGAAAUUAGAAUUCUGGAGCACCUAAGGAAGCAGGAUAAGGAUAACAACAUGAAUGUUAUUCACAUGCUGGAAAACUUUACAUUCCGCAGCCAUAUCUGCAUGACAUUUGAGUUGCUGAGCAUGAACCUUUACGAGCUAAUAAAGAAAAACAAAUUUCAGGGCUUCAGCCUGCCAUUAGUCCGUAAGUUUGCCCACUCUAUUUUACAGUGCUUAGAUGCUUUGCACAAAAAUAGAAUCAUUCACUGUGACCUUAAACCAGAGAACAUUCUGUUGAAGCAACAGGGUAGAAGUGGUAUUAAAGUUAUUGAUUUUGGCUCUAGUUGUUAUGAGCAUCAGCGUGUCUAUACUUACAUUCAGUCGCGUUUCUACCGUGCUCCGGAAGUGAUCCUGGGUGCUCGUUAUGGGAUGCCUAUCGAUAUGUGGAGCUUGGGCUGCAUUCUAGCAGAGCUUUUAACAGGUUACCCGCUCUUACCUGGAGAAGAUGAAGGGGACCAACUGGCUUGUAUGAUAGAGCUACUGGGUAUGCCCUCCCAAAAACUACUGGAUUCAUCCAAACGAGCCAAAAAUUUUGUGAGCUCUAAAGGUUAUCCCCGUUAUUGUACCAUUACCACCUUGUCUGAUGGUUCUAUAAUACUCAAUGGUGGCCGCUCCCGAAGGGGAAAAUUGCGUGGCCCACCGGAGAGCCGAGAGUGGGGAAACGCAUUAAAGGGAUGUGAUGAUCCCCUCUUCCUUGACUUCUUAAAACAGUGUUUAGAAUGGGAUCCUGCUAUACGCAUGACACCCAGCCAGGCUUUACGGCAUCCCUGGCUUAGGAGACGUUUGCCAAAACCUCCAGCUGGAGAGAAGACAUCGGCAAAACGAAUAACAGAAAGCACUGGUGCUAUAACGUCAAUUUCCAAGUUACCUCCAACAUCAAGCUCGGCUUCAAAACUUAGGACUAAUUUGGCACAGAUGACAGAUGCCAAUGGGAAUAUUCAGCAGAGAACAGUGUUGCCAAAACUCGUUAGCUGAGUUUGAAUAACCCAAUGCUGGUCAUAUGAGAAACUCUACAUUGCUGAGCCUUGUUUGUAAGAAGAAGUAGCUCAGAUUUUUAUUUGCUCAAUAACUUUAUUCAUUUGUAUCUUUUCAGCACUCAUUUUAAAUGUAAGAAAUGUUGAUUUUGUUUUUAUAAAAAUAUGGGGACAAUGCUUUAAGUUUUUAUACUUAUUUUUAAAAGUGUUUGUUUUCUAAAGUACAAUUAGCCUUACUGUAAUUAGUGUGGUACAGUAAUAAACACCAGUGGCAGGCCACUGGUUACAACACAACUGUCAUGCAUUAUAGCUUAGUGUCAAAGGUGUUAACCAUUUUUUUCCACAUGGUCCAUAUUAGUUUUCCCUUGGGCAGAGGUGAACGUGGGCCGCUACGGGCCGGUCCAGUGUACUAGUAAGAAGUGGCCACCGGUACCGACCCGUACACAGCUGACAUUAAAGUGCUUUAAUGUAAUUGCCCAUUUUGCCCCCCCCCCAGGGCUGCCAAUGGGGGAGCAAAAGGGGCAGCUGCCCCAGGGCCUGGUGAUUUAAAAGGGC